CCUAAAAUCCAAAUAAUUUUGUGAAGGAAGAAUGGUGGGACAGCCCUAUGGAGUGCCAAGGGGCGACUGGUGGCAGCAGCUGCGGGGCAGGCAGUUGGCUGGCCAACGGGCAGUUGGCAGAUUCGUGGUUGGCCAGCGGGCGUGGUUGGCCAGCGGGCGUGGUUGGCCAGCGGGCGUGGUUGGCCUACGGAUACGGUUGGCCUACGGAGCGUGGUUGGCCUACGGAAGACUGGUUGGCCUACGGAUCUGUGCCAGGCGAGGUCCAAUUGGCAGAUCGGGCUGGAAGGCGCACGCAGCUUCCAGAAGCAGCUGGGGCGCGCGGGAAGCUGCCAGGAGGUUCUGGUUGGCCAACGAAAAUUCCAGGGGAGUCUGGUUGGCCUACGAAAAUUCCAGAAGGCACCAGAACGGGCCAGUAGCACCCAGAAUUGGCCAGAGACAGCCAGAAUUGCCCAGAAUUGCCCAGAAGCUUCCAGAAACUGGUUGGCCAGCAGAUUCAACCAAGCCAAGUGGGUCCCACAGGCAACUCAGCCACCAUGUCCAGAAUUCUCUACAGGGUGUGAAAUUACCAAAAAGUCCCUGAAACUUCUAGAGAGUAAAUAUUAGCCACAUGUUGGAGAAUGCAUCUCCACCACACAUUAAGGAGGUGGGAUGCCUAUAAAUAGCCACUUAGGGAGUUCAUUUGUACAUAGAGAAGAGAAGAAGUGAGAAAGUGAGAUACCAAAGAGUGUACAAAACCUUGUAAAGCUUUCUUUGAGCAAUACAAAUUUCUUCCUUCCAUCAUCA